UCAUCAGCCGGCUAUUUUUAAACCAGACCACGAUGGUUAUUUUGUAACACAAGUGUUUCAACGUGGUGUGUCAACAUUUUCUGAAGAACCUUCAGCAACGUCAUCCCCCACACUCUUCCCCUCUCCCCGGCUGUAUUUGUCUUCCUUAGAGCAAUGCGAUGCUGUGGUUAGUUCAUUCUGUGCACCACUGCAACACAUCCAUCCACAAUUUUGCAUCCACAAAGUGGUGCGUUUUUGGGGGGGUUUCUGGACAGAUUUAGUGCUGCUGUGAGUGUGCAGCAUUUGGGUUUGUGCGUGAGGAAGCAGUGUGGUUGUCGCCUCCGUGGUGUCACAGCUAAAACACUUCCUCGUCCUUCUUUGCUCUCAUCAGCCCACCGACCCGCAGAGAACAUGGACGGCUUAUAAUCCACCAGCGUACACUGACCUCCCAUGUGCGACACUGACUUCACAUUGUCUCAUAAGACUUUAAUCUCAGUUGAAUUAUUGAUGUGAAGUUUAUGACCUGAAGAAGAACACGUGGGAUGUAAAAAUCUGAUCAAUUUGAUUUCUGGGUGUUGCGCGGUUCUUCCUACCAAUUGAGCGAUGCCUCGUUCUUUCUUGGUGAAGCGAGGAGGGCUGCACCACCUUUGGAAAAAGGCAGGGCCCCGGAAUACUUCCCUGGAGUACUCCACAUCAGAAACGCCAGAUAAUAACGCAGUGCAGGAGCUUCCUGCUGCCACCCAGUCUCAUGGAAGUGAGCACAUUCAGCCAUUCAUUCUCAAAUAUUAUGACUGGAGACCUGCUGAGCCUUGCAGUCCGGUCAUCACAAAUACUUUUAGCGCCGUGGAGAAAGUCGAGUCUCCCCCUUCCACACCAACGUUACGGUCCAGACCUCAUGUGAUCUCAGGAUAUCCAGACAAACUGUCUGUGGGACUGGGAGACUUGACACAGCACCCUCACAUCCCGAGGAAGACCAGGAGCAGCAGCUGCUCGAAGACCAGUGCUCCGAGGCAGGAGUGUCCACUCUGUAGCAAAAUAUGUUCAUGUCUGUCGAGGUUGAUGACUCACAUAUGCAAGAAUCAUGGAGGCCGAGCACCAGCACACGAGAAGUCCAGCAGGACAGACACUGAGCUGUCACCAUGCAGGGGCAAGGAGAGGACGUUUGGCUGUACAGUGUGUGGGAAAGUGUUCAAGCGCUCCUCCACCCUCUCCACUCAUCAGCUCAUACACUCGGACACGCGGCCCUACCCCUGCCAGUACUGUGGCAAACGGUUCCACCAGAAGUCUGACAUGAAGAAACACACUUUCAUACACACCGGCGAGAAGCCCCACGUGUGUCAGAUAUGUGGGAAGGCGUUCAGCCAGAGCUCCAACCUCAUCACCCACAGCCGGAAACACAGGGACGACCGGCCCCAUCGCUGUCCUCGCUGCCACUACGGCUUCCAGCAACGAGGGGACCUUCGGCAGCACCAGGAGCAGCACUGCACCUACCGCUGACUCGGAGUCGGACCGCUGACUCGGACUCACACAGCCUUGUUCUUUUUUUAACAUCCAGCGGAAACAUACUUUGGCAUCAUGUCAAGAGCAAAAAAGGACAAAUGUCAUCAUGAAUGUCACUCCUGAAGAUGAUUCAGUUUAUGGGAGAUUUCCCCCACUUGAUGUGUGUGCACACUCUCUGCAGAUCUGUGAUCCAGAGCUUUUAUGCAAAGUUCACAAUGAGCGCAAUAAACGGAGAUAUCAUUUGCG